AUGUAUCCAUCAGAAUCGAUUCUCUCUGAAGCAGCGGCACAUCUUAUGCAAAAUUCGAACGUUCUAGGGAAAAUCAUGUCAUUGUUACAAACUGCGCUGCAAAACGGUUAUGUGAAACCAGGAUACAGGGGCGAGCUCAUAGUUCAUCUAAUUCUUACAAUUGCUUGGGAUCGAAAAAUAUUGUCUUCAAACUCAAGUGAUUUAAAAGCAUAA